UGUAUUUUGGUUUACACCGACGUACCGGCAGAUGGCAUCAGUUCGGUCGCUGGUGCAUCACACCUCCCCGCUUUACGCUUCCAGAUCUCCCGUGCUUUCAAUCCAUAGCCGCAUCCCCGUCGCGCAGCUGGCUGUGUCUCCGCCGGAAUCACGCCGCUCCAUCCUCCCGUAACCAUGGCGUGUCCAUGAGGAGGAUAAGGUGGGACUCCAUGCUGCAGGCUCCAUUUUACUUUUGCAGUUAUGUCUCGGUUGCUCUGCUUUCCUUCGCCAUGUCUGAGCUCCCCGGUUACCUGUUGUUGUCAGCGCUGUUGAUUUUCUCUGAGGAUGCGCUGACGACGAGAGUUAGAGGUGCCUGGACGGCCGCCGGCCCAGCUGCGCUGGCGAACGACAAUGUCAACCUCAUUGUCGACGAGGCCUCCGCCGGCCAGCAGCGCCUUCAGGAGGUCCAGCAUCAGCUGCACAAGGCCCCAGCGUCCGCAUCUGCAGCAUCCGUCUUCACGCUGAAAGUCCGGGUGAAGGAUAUCGCCAGCCGCCAGUACCUGAGCCGGGCGUCGGUGGAGGUGUUUGUGAAUUACACCCAGACCAACUCUGCGCUGACGGAGGAGGAUGGGUCAGUCCUGCUCAGCGUCCCGUACAGACUGGGUCUCACCCUCACCAUCGUGGCCAGCACGGACGGCUACAUACUCACACCUCUGCCCUGGAAGACCACCAAAAUGCCAAUAUUUUCCUCCGUGACCCUGUCGCUGUUCCCACAAAACCAAGGCAACAUCUGGCUGUUUGAGGAUUCUGUGUUGAUCACCGGAAAAAUAUCAGAUGCUUCGUCCCAGCCCAGUGUGCAGUUUCCUAAGAGCCUCCUGAAGCUGCCGGACAACAGCAACAUCUCGUCGGUGACGGCCUACCUGACCGUGCCGUCUCUGCCCUCUGAGAAGGACUGCUUCCUCUACACCGUAGGCAUCCUCAUCAACAAGGCAGGCUACAGGAGCAUUGAGCUGAUGCCGGUGGCAGCGGUUAGUGUGCAGCUCGUUUCGGAUGGGAAGGAGAUCCAGGUGACCGGGCCCAUCCAGGUCACCCUGCCCCUGCCGGACAGCACCCCUCUGCGGGCAUCGGACGCCGUACCCGCCUGGACCUUUGACAUGAAGACAGGUGCCUGGGUGAACCGAGGCUUGGGAAUAGUGAGGAUGGAGGACGAUCACCUGGUCUGGAGCUACGUGGCUCCUCACAUGGGCUACUGGAUCGCAGCACCGUUACCCUCAGCCAGAGGUUAUAUGGGACAUGCCACCACUAUGGACUUCAUCUCAUACCAUACGUACCUUCUCAUGGCUAUCCUGGGAGGAACUCUAGUCAUUGUUAUUGGAUUUUUAGCUGUGCUCUUGUGUUACUGUAGAGGCUGCAUUUGUGAGCCGGAGAAAAAGAGGGUGAGCUCUACUAAAAUGGUGGUUUUGAAGAAGGACCAGACCACCUCCACCAACAACAACGGGCACAGUGCCUCAUCCUUCAAGGAUUCCUUUCACCGCGAGGACGCAAGGUCUUAUCCUCUGGCCUCCAAAAACGGGGCCCAAAGGGACGACCCGGUCACCUCCAGGCACAAAGGCAACUUCAACAUCUACGUGGAGGACGUCGGGCCCUCGUCCAGCAAGCUGUACGAGAACGUGGGGCCCGCCGGCCCAGAAUGCACCAGGCCCCCGCAGCCUCCCCUGUACGUCAACAGCAGCGAGGUGGUGAGGCCGAGGGAGAUGGUGGAGCAGAAGAUGCACCUGGGCCUGGGUGAGAACGUGUUCUUUCCGGACAGGCUGGUCCACAUCUACAACCAGCCGGUGGCCAUCCUCCAGGCGCCCGAGCUCUUCCACUCCCCAGAGCAGCUGGCAGGCAGCAAGUCCGCCACCCUGCCCAGGAAGGGCCAGCUGUACGACACGCUGAUGGAGCCCGUGAGCAAGGACAGCUUCACUCAGACGCUGCCCAAGAUCCCUCUGCUGCAGCAGCAGGACAGGGAGGAGCAGCAGGUCCUGGAGGGGCCCCAGAGCUCGGCCUCGAACCCGGGGACCUGGGGCCGGUACAGCAGCCUGCUGGAGUCGGUGUCGGUCCCGGGCACCCUGAACGAGGCCGUGGGAAUGGGACCCUUCUGCAGCGAGCUGCAGGGCAUUUCCGAGCAGACCCUUCUGGAGCUGUCCAAGGGCAAGCCCUCGCCCCACCCGCGGGCGUGGUUCGUCUCGCUGGAGGGCAAGCCCGCUGCCCAGGUGCGCCACUCCAUCAUCGACCUGCAGAAGAAGACCAGGCCAACCGACAGCAACGACACCAGCCUGGACUCCGGGGUGGACAUGAACGAGCACCAGCCGGGCAGGAAGCUGGACCGCGAGAAGACCUUCGUCAGGAACAUGCCGCACAGCAAGGUGCUGUACGCCGAGGACCCGGACCUGAGCAGCAGCGAGAGCGGCACCACGGCCGCCUGCACCCCCGAGGACCCCGCCCUCAGGAACAUCCUGGACAGCAGCAGCGGCACCAUCCCCAACAUCCCCGAGGAGAAGGACGGGGCAGACACCUCCAGCGCCCAGGAGGACAGCGAGUCGCGCUCCACCCCUCCCCCGCGCCGCCUCAGGAAGGUGAGGGACAAGAGCAAGGCGGAGAAACAGAAGAGCACCUGGCAUCUUCGGGAGGAGAGGCCUCUGAUGAAGCUAAACUAGGCCUGCUUCCUCUCCGCCGCUCGCGUGAGGGCGCGGGGAAACAACAAGGCCGCGCUCUCGCCGCCUCUUACAAAGCCACUUCCUGUUUUGCCGGCGGUUCAGAGCAGUUGGAAUGUUGUAAAUGUUCGUGGCAGGCAGGAGAGAAGCAAAAGACAAUGGGUCUGCAGAAAUUCUGUAAGUUCUACUUGAUGGGUCUAUAAAGUAGACAGUCUCCUCACAAUGCCAGCAACGUGUCCAUUUUAAAAGAAAUACACACACAAGCAUAAAUACACACAUGCACACACACAUACACGACAAACGUAUGUAAACGCAUACAUGUAUACUAGCACACACACACAAACUUACAAACAAACGUACAUAUAUAUUAGCACAGACCUAUGUUUGUAUGUUACAAAUGCAUAAAGCAUAACUAUUUAUAGCCUCUCUUUUUGUGUGAACAGAUCAUGUGAAAAUCACUGUUAUCUGAGGCAGUCCAUGGAGGGUAUGGGGUACCCUCCCUAAGCCAGUUAAAGAAAUGAUUCUGAGGAAAGACUGGACAAAUCGUUCAAUGCGGAAUUAUGAGAUUUCAUGUUUGCGUCUGUCCAGAAAAGUAAGAAAAGUAUGAAUAAGACAAAUGGAAACUGAGGUGGUUGGUCACAGAGCGUACAGAACAGAUGGUUUCAAAAGCCUGAUUCUGAAAUAGUGUCAUGUCAUAAUGAAGCUCACAUAAUAUGUACAAGUC